AUGUCUAAUCAAGGAAUACGUAUUCAAACUGAUUGGGAUAAAGCUGUAAUUGAGAAAGAUAGUAGCUUCUGGUUCCAUUUAUAUGAAUCGAACAAAGUUCGAUAUCAAAAAGUAACAAUUACUGGUGACCAGCUCACUGUAGACACUCCCGAUGUUGAUUGCCUUAUUUCUACACGGAAAACGAUUCGUUUUAGAAAUGCGAUUAAACGCCUUCAAAGCACAUUUCAGAGUCCAGAUUUCAGGUUUUCUUCAGUCCACAAACAGUCCCGUGAGUCUCCAAUUCAUUUGAACUCAUUUGACGUUAAUUCAAGCGGAAGUCUUGCUGUUUCCGCCACAAGUGAUGAAAAAGUCUUUCUAUGGGAAACAAGAUCAUCUGAUAUUCGGAGGAUAUUUGAAGGCCAUGCAAGUGAGGUCUAUGUAUCCCGGUUCUUCCCCUCCGGCUUGGUAGUUCUCACAGGUGGUGCUGAUAUGCAACUACGCAUCUGGUGUGCGGUGACCGGUAACUGUGGUGCUGUUUUACGAGCUGGUUUGGGCGGGACUGACCAAUCCAUCCGUGGUGACAAAGAGCCCGGUGGCCAUCGAUCUGGCGUUCUGGAUGUGGAUUUUAUCGAUCGGGGUCGAAAUGUCAUUUCUCUGGAUCGAGGCGGUUGGUUGAGAUUGUGGGAUGUAUCAACUCAGAUUUUUGACAAUUUGUUGUUUCUCAGGCAGACCACAACUGUUGCACCAGUGACAGCGAUUAACCUAAUCUGCUGCAAACUCAGACCUCAUGCAUUCGAUAUUGCAAUCUCAGCACUCUCCGUCACUCCACGACUACCUGGUGGGGGCCUUCAUUCAAAUUGCCUCCUUGACGAUGUUCCGGUUUGCUGUGUUGUUAAGAAACGGGUUUCUCCAGAGGAGGCUACUUCUGAAAAUUCCUCAGAUUCAUCAGAAAAGUUUAGUUGUAAAAUAAAGCGUGAACCUGAACGUACCAAGUAUAAAGCUUUGGCUGGAGUAACGCUUCCAUCUUUAAGAUUAUGGAGACCUAUUGAAACAUCCUCCUUAAGAGCCACAACUUCCGGAGUCACAGACAAAUUGGUCGCCGUAGGUUGUGGAAGCGGUGGUCGGGCCUUGCUUUUCGACAUUUCCACCUCAGACUCCAGACAGUGUGGACCGGCUGCUCGCUUAACCCUCCCAUCCAGAUCUGGUUCCGUCACAUCAUGUGCUGUUGCAAUGGCGAAUGAAGGAGUUUCACCCGGUACCUCUUGCAGCGUGUUCAAUGAAUAUGGCCUGUUUGUCGGUGGCUCUAAUGGGGAACUUGCCUGCUGGGAUUUGAGAAAUUGCAGUAAACCAUUGUUCAGUUGUGAGGCCUACAAAUAUGGCGUCUGUUCUUUAAAGCUGGUAAAUUUCCCUGCUCAAACAGCUGAAGGAUUAAUUGGAGACUCCAAAUCAGUGCCGGCUUUCACUGGUCUGAUUUCGGCCUAUCGCGAUGGUCGUGUUAUUCUUCGUCGUCUAGAUCAGACCGGAAUGAGUAUCAGCGAGGAUGGAUAUUCAAAAUGUCUUGAGUUGACCGGACCAGAAGCAGAGGCUAUUUGUGGAGUCUCAGUAGUAGGAGAGCGCCAGUCUUCUAUGUGGACAGGCACGUACAGUGCUCAGUUCUUUGGAUAUCGGAGAAUCGCUUCUGAAAGCCUAUUUGAUUUCUGA